UCUACUACUUCCUAUGAACACAUCCACCAGGAAGUGUAGACCAGCGACAGGAGGCAUGACACAGGCCCGGUUUUUGACAGCUCAUGAAAACCAGGACUGUGCUCCUCCAGUUUAUACAAACCCUAUGCUGAGAGCUUAACCGAUAAAUUUUAUUUCGUCUUAAAAUCGAGAUGCGAGGACUACCAGUGGCAUAAUGAAACCGAAUCGCUUGUGUUAUAUUUCGUCCAGUUUUUAAUUUGUUUUUGUAUUGAACUUACCACCUCCAUAUAAUUGUGUUUAGUUCCCCAUUGGGACAAGAAGAUAUUCAUGUUUAAUUGCUGUGUACGCUCUCAAAAAACAAACGGCAUGUUUCAGAAGACCUCUUUUACCACCCUAAUAAUCGGGGUGUUUGUAGUUUAUGUGCUACACACUUGCUGGGUUAUGUAUGGAAUAGUUUACACCAAACCUUGUGAUGAAAGCAGCGGUGUACACUGUGUUGCACCCUACCUUGCUAAGAAGCCCAGGCUUCAGCUCAGCAUUUAUACAUCCUUGAAGGCUGCAGGGGAUGGUAAUCCAAACCUCAUUUUGAACAUUGAAGACUUUGAUAUACAUUCCAAGUUUGAGAGGAAAGUGAAUGUUUCCUUACCAAAGAAGACCAGAAACAAUGGGACCUUGUACACAUAUGUAUUUGUCCACCAAGCUGGUGUCUCUCCCUGGCAUGACAACAAGGAAGUACACCUUGUCUCACAGUUGACCGCAUACAUGGUGCCCAAACCCCAGGAAGUCAACCUUAUCGGUGGAGAGGAUCCCACACAGCAGUCAGAGUCACACAGGAAAACACCCAAUGUCCCAGACAGACCAGUUGCUCACUGGAGGUCACGUCUCACUCUUAACAUCAUGGCUGAUGACUUUUCUUUUGAUGGGGACUCUCUUCCUGGUGAUGUGCACCGCUACAUGAAGAUACUGCAAUAUGGAAAAAAAGUGCAAUAUCUUCCCAUACUGUUUGUCGACCUCCUGAGCAAUCGAGUGAAGGAUCUGAUGGUGAUAAACGGUUCUACAAUGGAAUUACCUCUCACAGUUUCCUAUGAUACAAUUUCACUGGGAAAACUCAGAUUCUGGAUUCACAUGCAAGAUGCUGUCUAUUCAUUGCAACAGUUUGGUUUUACAGAAAAGGAUGCAGAUGAAAUUAAAGGGAUCUUCGUGGACACUAACCUCUACUUCUUGGCUCUGACAUUUGUUGUGGCAGCUUUUCAUCUACUGUUUGAUUUCCUUGCCUUCAAAAAUGAUAUCAGCUUCUGGAAGAAAAAGAAGAGCAUGGUUGGCAUGUCCAGCAAAGCAGUGCUUUGGAGAUGCUUCAGUACAAUUGUAAUCUUCCUCUACCUUAUGGAUGAACAGACAAGUAUGCUGAUUCUCAUACCAGCAGGGGUCGGUUCAAUCAUAGAGGUCUGGAAAGUGAAGAAGGCUUUUAAGAUACAAAUGCAUUGGCAUGGCUUGAAACCAACAUUCAAGUUUGGAAAAUCUGAUGAAUCUGAGCGAAGAACUGAGGCAUAUGACACCCAGGCAAUGAAAUAUUUAUCAUAUUUGCUCUAUCCCUUGUGUAUUGGAGGAGCAGGGUACUCACUGGUGUAUGUAAAAUACAAAAGUUGGUACUCUUGGUUAAUCAACAGUCUUGUAAACGGGGUUUAUGCUUUUGGAUUCCUGUUCAUGUUACCGCAGCUCUUUGUUAAUUAUAAGUUCAAAUCUGUUGCCCAUUUGCCAUGGAAGGCAUUCAUGUACAAGGCAUUCAACACCUUCAUUGAUGAUGUCUUUGCUUUUAUUAUUACCAUGCCAACAUCACACAGGCUUGCCUGCUUCAGAGACGAUGUGGUGUUUCUUGUCUACCUUUAUCAAAAAUGGCUUUACCCUGUAGAUAAAAGUCGAGUGAACGAAUAUGGAGAGUCAUAUGAUGAGAAACCUAAAGGAAAACCCCACAAAGACUAAAUAAUUUGGUCUGAGGCUCUAAAUACACAAACCUUUUGCUGGAGUGGAAAGUUCAGAAGACUUCCAGUUCAGAAGUGUAUUCAGAGGUAGAAUAUGUUUCUAAAACAAUGUGCAGAGCAGAUACUGCAACACAUCAAAAUACCUGUUAAGUUCCCAUAUGCUUCUAUCUGGCACUGACAGGAGGUAUGAGGUUGACCUGCUUAGGUGAGGGUUUAGUGGUUAGACAAUAAGAAUUUGCUUUGUGGGAGAUCCCAUUGUUAGCCAGAGCCUACAGCUAUGGCCUAAAAUCUGCAUCACGUAGAAUUUUAGGAUUGAGACCCAACUGAAAAAAAAACAACAACUAUAUAUGAACAUAAUUUAGAUCUUUUAUUUAACAUCAUGUAAUCAAAGAAACUGCAAAAUUAUAUUGCAAAAGUCUACCGGAAACCAUAAUAGUAUUUUUCAAUUGUCAGUUACCACCGGUAUAUGGAAAACUACAAAGCAGAAUGUAAUUUAAUAUGUUAACUUAAGGUUUCAUUUUACUUUAUGAAGCAAAAUGUGUUAAUUCUAGAGGGUGAUGCAAAAUGUUUGGCCAUAGCUGUAUACAAAAGCUUAGUGGUAGGGGCUGAAGAAAAUUAAACAUAUUCUACCUACUUUUUCAGUAUUGCAUUUGAAAUUGAAAGAAUGCUAUGCCUUAACUGUUGCCAUAAUUAAAAAAAAAAAAAAGAGACCAUACUUAAGGGAUAAUGGAAUGUAUUUCUUUAGUUAAAAUGUUGUUAUUAAAAUUGCCAAGAAUGAACUACAUGAUAAUAACAUGAUUUUGGUUGCAAUUAAUAAUUUAGUAGAAUGUGAUUAUAAUCAUGUCUGAUCAUGGCACUGUGGACUUAACUACUGUUGGCUGUGUUGUUUGAGGACCUACCCAUAAUUCCAAAACUGAAAUGUAUAAAUUGCUAAAUAUGUUCUGCCUAUGGUUUUUUUUAUAUAUAUUUUUUGUGACCUCUAUUUGCAAAGUGAUGGCUUUGUUUUUAAACACUUGGGAUCAGAUUUUACUGUAUAAUAAUAAUAAUAAAAUAUUAAGGUAUAUGCGAUGGGCUGAUUUUUGAGAGUGCUCAGUGACAUUAGAAGUAGGGACUUAAUUUUCACACAAACAUACUUACAAAAUGUACUUUGUGCACUUAUGUUUUUGUUGUGAUAGUCAUACACCAAACGUGUUCAAUACUGACACUUUUUGUAUUACAAUUAUCCAGCAGAUUAAUCUGUAUUCCUCUCCCAGACUGACUUUUAUGGCUGAUUUCCAUUACAACCACAACACACACGGAUAUAUAUAUAUAUAUAUAUAUAUAUAUAUAUAUAUAUAUAUAUAUAUAUAUAUAUAUAUAUAUGCUGGUUAAAUGUUGAAGUGUAUGUUGACAAAUAUUUGUCAACAAAUAUUUCCUUUCUGGUUUCUAGAGCUUAAUCAGCACAAUAUAUUAAAUGAUAACAUUAUAUUGACAUAUUUCGAAGACAGCUCACCAAAUAUAAUAGCAUGCUAUUGAUUCUGAUAUACCUCCACAGUCUAUUCAUUCAUACGUAACUUGGUAGUUCAAGGUCUCAAAGCAGGACUUGGGUUUGCAUGGGUAUGUUGAUUGUAAGUCCUUAAAUUCAUUUCUGCUUACUGCUUACUUCUCAGGGACAUUUUCAUUGUCUAGUAUAUCUUGUAAUGUUUUCCAUUGUACUUGUUAUAAUAUUAAACAAAACACUGAUAUGUUCACAAUGUUAUCUAGUUGCAGAAGGUAACUGUAACUGGUGUAAACACUGUUUAGAUUCAGCUACAUAGUCAUAUGUCAUGUCAGCAACAGAAAAUAUAGCAUCCUGCUUGGAAAUGUUGUUGUGUAGCUGCUACUUAAAUUGCAUUGAGCUUGGUUAACACUGCAGCUUAUGCUGCAGUCUUAUUUCCAUUCUCGAGUUUUAGUUUAUAUGGUAUAGCAAUACAUAUAAAAAAAUGUAUUAACAAUACAGAAAAGUGCACCAAGUUGAGAAGCAAGUGAUUACAGUAUGAAAAAAAUACUGCAAUUUUUCAGUAACGGGCAUUUACUAGUUUAUUUUAGUAUUUUUCCUUGGGAAACAACGUUGCAACAUAUUACAAAAACGUGUGGAUUAAGUAUCAGCAUAGUCGUGCUAGACAUGCACAGUGCCUGACUUAGCUUGAACUUCAUAAAAGCCAACAACCACAGCAGGUCAGUAUUCUCCUCACUGUAAAUGCAUCAGGGACUGACAUGUUCCCACUCCUUAAGCUUCAAGUACAGCCAUCCGUAGUGCUCAAAAGAUUAAAAAGCAUUCUUUUACUGUAUAAAAUUGCUAAUGCAUGCUUGACUUCCAUAUUUUGUAUGUUGAUAACUGAUCUACUGUACACAUAGAAACGAGGAAACAAAUGUGAAUUGUCAGCUUUGUUUUUCUUGUGACUUAAGAUGUAAUUUCAUAAUGUGUUUUUAUAAUGUUGCUGUACUCUAGCCAGCAUCACCAGCAAGUGAGUUCACAGUACAGAGGUUAUGUGUCAUUUGGGAUAAUAUGACUGAGAUGAUUUUUCGAAAAGCUGUCCUCAACGCUGUUUGGUACAAUUCCUGUAUGUAACAUGAUCAGUUAUGUGGAAUGUCUGAGGAGCAGUUUGGCAACUAUUUUCUGUUUUGAUAAGGAGACUGAUGAAAAAAAAAAAUGCAUGCAUUUAGUCUGCAAAUGGAACUGCAGAAAAUGAGGCAGAACCCAAACAUCAGCCACCACCUUCAUCAAAAGAACCCCCUUUUAUACAGUUGAAGCCUGUGUGGAUGAGAAACCUGAAUGGAAGGACUGAAGUAGUUCGGAAAAAUAAUAUACAGUAUAUCAAUCGGAUGAUUUUAAAUAUAAAAACAGCAGCUUCAAAAUUUGUAUUUGUGACAGUAUGACUGCUUUUUGUCCUGUAAUGUCCUGUAAUUCCAGCAUGGUCAGUAUGUUAUGAUCGAAAUUAUUUUGAACUUUUUGUGAUGAGGGUCUGAUUGCCUGCUGAAUGGUGUUGGUACCAAUUACUGUUUGAAUUAUCUGUUGUGUUCUGUACGGUUGUUUUCACUUUGUUUUACUCUGUUUGUGAAAUAACAAAUAAAGUUAAUGCUAUCUGUU